AUGCCCUCAGAACUAUUCGACGAGAUCCUUGAAAGGAUAUCUCAUGUCAUCUCAAGACAAGAUACGAAGUUUCGCGCUGCCCUUACACCUGGAUCGAAACUGCCACUGACUCUGAGGCAUUUGGCUACAGUGGACAAUUAUUCGUCACUCUCCUAUGCGUUUCGUUGCAGAAAGGCAGCAAUUUGUCAUUUGGUUCCUGAAGUAUGCAGCGCUAUUGUUCAGGCCUACAAAGACGAAGUGUUCACCGUUCCUGUGACACCCGAUGAGUGGAGAUCUAUCUCCCAGGAAUUUGAAGACAAGUGGAAUUUGCCACAUGCAGUGGGGGCUCUAGACAGGAAGCAUGUUGCUAUCAGCAAGCCACCAAACACAGGUUCCCUGUACCACGACUAG